AUGCUGAGUGAUGGUUUACUGCGGUUGUUUUGGCCAAAUGACAUACCAAAGUCCACAUCAUCCGGUGUGAUCGUGGGGUGGAGGAACUCAGAGUUUGAUCUUUUUGUGAUUACCGUCUUUGAGCAUGUGGAAGUGCGAAAUGUCGAAAAUGCACUGCGAACCGGCAUUCUGUUCCGCAGCAGCCCCCAUCCGAUAUCUCGGAUAAUGGCCCUUUGCGGGAAGAACUCGAUGCAUGUCUUGGGCUCGACAAACCCUACUGAACUACCAACAGCGUUUACCCCUUCCCACCUCUAUAUCAUAUGGAAGCCGUCUUCUAAGGUUCCACGGAUCUUCUGUCCUCCUGAGAUGAAGCUUUCCAUCCAGAUUAUUACGUUCAAACGACCCCAUCCCACGCACAUGCAGUUUAUGUCCUUGAGGCCCAUAUCUUUAAUUCUGGAGGACAAACCAAUAAGUUUAGAAAAUACUGGAGAGGUCUUAGACGAUUUUGGCCAGGCAGAGGUCAAGGCGAAAGCGCAAACCCGGAAGCUUGUCGAGAAGUUGAAAUUCCACACUGUGGUUAAGCAUGUUCCUUCACCAAAGGAACAAUUUCUCCCAGCAAUCAUUAACCAGGUCAAUUGUUCCUUCGAAUUAGAAACGCUUCUUGUAAAAAAUGUGAGUUUGAUUGGUGCCCGACCAAAACGCAGCCUUAGUGUUGGUGAACGGGUUGUUGAAUCUGCGAGCACCGCAUGGGACCUUUUCUACAUGGUUUUGUCUUAUGUAUUUCUGGUAUGGAUUUAUCCCGUCAUUACGAAAGGGUUUAUUGCAGCGCUCAUCAGUCAUCGAGUCGUGGCUGAAGUUGUUUUGGGUGUCCUCGAAUGGCGAGCUCGCCCAGAAGCUGCUGCACUAAAGGAUAUAUCCGCUACAGCUCAACAGAUUGAUAUACGACUCCAGCAAUUUUGUUACUGGCCAAUUCAGUAUUUGACUUUGCGAAAACGGAAAGAUGACUGGGAGAGUGUGACAAAUAGCCAUCCAGACUAUAUAAGGUUCUACAACAGCCUGUGGCUAGUGGCUAAUGAUGUGAUAAUUGGGAUUGCUCUUGGAUCCUAUAUCGUCGAUAACGCUGAUUGGGUAGCGUCACAAAUUAACUCGAUUCUCUCGUUGUGGACGGUCGAGGGUUUACAGCGGACAAUAUCUUGGCUUAUGGGGUGGCCUGCAGGUCUGAAACUUAACAACGAGCUGGCUGUUUUUAUGGGUGAUUUGUUUCUGUGGGUCAUAGAACAUUGGGCUAGCGUUCUGACCGGCCUUAGACCGUUUCUCCGGCAUGUAAUCUAUAUGAUUGGAUGCUCUGGCUUUGCCGGUGCCAGUAUGUCCAUUGCCAUGUUCUCUGACCUACUAUCAAUUUUGACCGUCCAUAUCUACUCCUUCUACAUCGCGUCCGCCCGCAUUUUUAACUGGCAGCUUACUAUCAUAAUAUCCCUAUUUCAUCUUUUCCGGGGCAAAAAGCGAAAUGUCCUCCGCAACCGGAUAGACUCGUGCGACUAUGACCUCGACCAAUUACUUUUGGGCACGAUAUUGUUCACGCUUCUCUUCUUCUUGCUACCCACCAUUAUUGUAUUUUAUCUCACCUUUGCUUCUGCCCGUAUGAUUAUAAUAUCCCUUAAGGCAACUCUAGAUACUUGUCUUGCGUUUUUGAACCACUUUCCGCUCUUUGCGGUGAUGCUACGCGUGAAGGAUCCAGGGCGCUUACCAGGCGGUAUUCACUUCUCACUCCGAAAAGCCCCAACACCGCCAUCAACACCUACAACAGCCGAAAUGCCCACCACUUCAACCUCAUAUAUCCAUCUCCAGUCCAUACCCCUCUCCCUCCGCCAAAUGUUCGACCAGUACUUCCAACUUGGCCACCGCCUCCGCAAACAUUACCUUGCACCUAGCGUAAUCCUCUGCCUCGUAACAGGUCGCUUUGUUCCCCCCAUACAUCGCCGGAACAUGUAUAGCUUGCAGUAUAGCAUGCUUCCUGCCCAGCGCGUCGGGAUUGCGGAGGUUUGGUCGCGGUUGACGGAGAAGAAACCCCGCACGGCAAAUGUGACGGCACCCGUACCGAAGAUCCCGAAUGGAUUUCCGUAUGACAGGAGGAGGGGAAAUCGGUCGUAG